AUGAGCCGAGCUGCAGCCGCAGCAGCAGCUGCUGCUGCUGUCGCUGCAGCAAGACAGCCAGAGAAAUGUAGGCGACAACGCGCAGCACCAUCGUGGGAAGUGUUCCUGUUGCUGCUUUGCUGCUGCUGCUGCUUGUCCCUGCUGCAAGCCACAGACGCAGCGGCAGCAACUCCAGCAACAGCACAAGCAGCAGCAGAACCCGCACCUGAAGUCUACAGCGAAGUUGUCUUCACAGAGCCGCUGCGUUCCCGGGGCCUUUUUCUUGCGCACUUCGACCUGCGGCUGAGGUCCAGCAUUCCCGAUGGAGCUUACUCGGGGUCUGGGCUGCAUGCCCAUAUGUUCCCGCUGGAUCUCGCCCGGCUGCUCGGCACCCACCUGCUGCAGCAAGACAGCAACAGCCUGCGGCAGCAGCAGAAGCAGGAGCUGCCGCAUGCGUACUCAUUCAUUGACUUGUCUCUGACACAGGGAAGAUGGAAGGCAAACCUGUGGGGACCUGCAGCAGCAGCAGCAAAGCCUCCAGGGGCCUUUCUGCGGGCAGGGCUCUCACAGCAUCCUUCUUACCACCAGCAGAGGCUAUGGAGCCGUCUGACGCACACGCUGGCAUCAACGACAUGCAGCGCCUUAUCGCGCCUUGCAAGUGCAACAGAUGCAGUGGUAACACAAACAAGUGCUGCAGCAGCAGCAGCAGCAACAGACCAAGGAGAGGAGCAGCAGCAGCCGCAGGGCUACGCGCAGCGCAUGGCUUCUCUCCCUGAGGCAGCAAUCUGUUCGGACACGCACAACAACAUGUUGCGGCUGCUGCCGUGCAAGCAGCAGGCUGGGUUGUUGAUGGUUCUUCAUCCGUAUUCUCUCGCGAUAUCUCCCUACAAGUCUUACAGGCUUCGCAUCACACCAUUUGCUGCUCAGCAGCGGCAGCAACAGCAGCAAGUCGCGGAGCUGCGGCUUGAGCUCUCUGUGGUGCUUCGAUAUCCAGAUGAAGCAGACUUGAAAUUUUCGUUGGUGAAUCUGUUCAGUCAGGUGUACCUACACGUAUUUCCUAAACCGUUUGAACAGAAGGCGGACGAGCAGCAGCAGCAGCAGCACGAAGAGCAGCAGAAGGAAUCGCUGCUGGCGCAAAAUCCCCCAGCCUUCGGGCGCUGGAAUUGUGUUGCUGCAGGCAGCAGCAAGUGGCUGCUGCGCAUAUUUCAUGAAACAGACAGCAACAGCAGCAGCAGCAGCGAAGACAACAGCAGCAGGGCAAAUGAGCUGGUUCAGCAAGUCGCUUCAGCAGCAGGCUUCGCUACCUAUGAUGCUUUUGCGGUGGACGCGUCGUCAUCCCUUAUUGUGUUCGACUUGCGUCAGCAGCAGCAGCAACCGCAGCAGGAGCAGCAGGAGCAGCAGCAGCUAGAAAGCUUGCUAAGCUAUAGGUGGCGCCUUCCAGCGGAGGCGCCGGGCUUUUCAGUUUCCCGCGGACUUGUUGCGAAUGCCAUCAGGCCAGAAGCAGACAAGUUGCAUGGCAGGUUUAGGGUAAAGGGCUCCUACUGGGUCGUGUUUGAGAACAGUGGAGACAGCGCAGCUUCUGCUGCGUUUGUUGACCUGCUGCCGCGCAGCGUUUUGCCUCUGGUGGCUGCUGCCAAGCUGGUCAGGUACCCAGUGUACCAGGAAACGCAGCAGGACUACCAGCUGGAGCAGCAGCAGCAGCAGGAUUGCGAUUUGAGUUUGGAGGGUUCCGCAGCGGUCAACGCGUCCGGCUUGAAACUCCAGUCACCUGUGACCAGUGGUCCGACUGCAGAAGUUGCUGCAGUGGGAAGAUCAGCUUUAGCUGCUGACAUUACUGCUGCCGUUGCUGCUGGUGGGGCUCCGCGUGGGGGCAUGGACGACACGUGGCUGCCUCACUGGCUGCGGGUGCGCUCCAGCUUGCUGCCUGAAGGAUCUGCAGCAGCAGAAAAGCAGCAGGAGGGGGCUCAGCUGAUGUUGCCGUCGGCUGUACUGCGAGGCACUGUGCGUGUGCCGGCCCGCUGCAGCAUGCUGCUGUCACUGGGGCUGCAGCUAAUGUUGCAGCAGCCACAGCUGCUGCACUCGAACCCCCAAGGUGGCAGUGUAGUUGGAGGCGCCUUUGCCGCUGUUCCUAGGAAACUGGCGUUCGCCUGGCCUCCCCCUGCCGCUGUCUUGGGAAGCGCAGCAAACGCAUGCGCCGUCAAGCAAUCCCCACCGUGCAGCAUCCGGCCGCUGCCUGCAGGAGCAGGAGCAGCGGCAGAAAAUCAGGUGCAGCAAGCGCCGUUAGAGCCGUUUUUAGGAUUUAAAGAGGAUCUUGAGGAGAGGCAGUGGCAGUGGACAGCGACUGGAGGCACCCGACUUAAGCUACCGCUGCCAGAUUUCGAUAUGCCUUUCAACGUUAUCGCCGUCUCGGGCACAUCUUUAAUGAUUUUAUUUAGCGCGACAUUUAGGCUAGUCGUGCACAGAAGAUAA